UUUAAUGAAGAAAAGGCGCGCUUUUGGGAUGUCAUCUGUCACUUUGUCAUAACCAAAAACAAACCUUCGAAUUCUUAAGUCUCUUAAGCAUAUCACAAAAUAAAACAUAUUGAACUCGUUUAUCACAAAAAUAUGGAUGUUGAACUAUCUGAAGUUCUAAAUGAUGAACCAAAACAACUUACAGAUUUAAAUUUUGGAUGUGGAGUUUCUGUUAAUAAAUCUCCCAUUGAAACAACUGCAGCUAAAUCUUCUGAGGAUCGAUUAAUUCAGUUACCAUUGGCUCGUGUACGUAACAUAAUGAAGAUUGAUCCAGAUGUACCCCUCUUAAGUCAAGAAGGAGUGUUUGCCAUAACUAAAGCAACGGAAAUGUUUGUUGAACAGUUGACUAUAGAAACAUAUAACUAUACAAUAAAACAGAAAAAGAAGACAAUACAAAAGAAAGAUGUGGACAAUGCUAUAGAUAAUGUUGACGCAUUAUGUUUUCUUGAGGGUGCCAUGAAUUUUUAAUAUAAAACAUUAUCAGGAUGCUUUAAAAUAAUUAGUUCUAUGUAAAUGUUAAUUGUAAAAGGUUGAAUUGUACCACAUAUUUUAUCACUUAUUUCUGUGAAAUAAAAUUAUAU